UCCACCUUCACUCUGGGGUUUAAUUCUGACCUCUACGAGUUUGUUGUGAUUUUGUGCUUGCGUUGCCCUUCUCUGUAGUGUGGGCUGGGGGUUCCAGUUUGGGAGAAUUUUGUCUGCAGAGUGCAAAGUCACCACUGUGGUCUGUGGGUCAGUGCCCUGCCCAGCGCUGGCCUCUGCCCUGCUGCUGGGUGCCAGGGGGAAAGCUGGGGGGCACUGGGAGGCUUUGCAGUGCUGCCUGCACUGGGGAUGGGAGCGGUUGUGCUUCCCUCCGGGUACUGGGAGCAAGGUGGGGAGUAAAUGAGCUGGUGUGAAAGGCAGUGGGGGGAGGGUUUGUCCCGAGCCAAUGCUGCGUGUUACCAGCUGAGCUGGGGUGUACCUGAUGAGAUAUCGCUGAAUAUGGCUGUACCUCAAAUGGACCAGGCUGAGGAGGAGCACGAACCCACAAAUGCACCCCAGGGGCCGGCUCCUCCCCCUCCCUGGGGCCAGCGCUCCCGCUCCCCUCUCCCACCUCCAAACACUGGCUGGCUGCAGAUCCAGGAGGCAGCUCCUGCCCUGGUGCUGUGCCUGGAAAUAGCCGCCUGGUUUCCUCCUGUGGCGCCGUGGGAGCAGCAGUGACAGGAAGGUCCGGCAGGGAUGGACACAGAGAGGAUUUUCCUGAGGAGAAUUGGAGCAAAGUCCCCGUGCUGAGCGCAGAGCUCAUCGCCCACCUCGCCUGCAGCGUGCUCCUGCUGGGUGUGCCCCAGUGGCCCCUGGCACUGUAAAUAGGGCCGUUGCUUAUCACCGGUUAGCUGUGCUCUGCUGGCUUGCUUUUGGCAGCACCCUUUGCUUUUAGCCCAAGACAACCAAGACUUCUCAGUUCUGAGAUUUCAUUGAGCUCCUGACCGGCCCUGGGCAGCCCCAGUCCCUUCCUGUAGAGCACAGAGGGGCAGCGGCACUGCUGCCUCUGGGGCCCGGUGCUUCCUCGCAUCGUUUGGACAUGAGAUCACAUUUGGAAGUGGUUUUGGACUCCUCCCGUGAUGGUGGAAAUUUUGCGCAUGGUUGCUGGUAAUUUGGAUGGCCACGGGGACGCCUCCGUGUCCAUGGGGCCACUUGCAAGUGGCAGCCUCGUGUCCCCGCUGCCACAUCCCUGCAGUGACAUGUGUGGGUGCCUGUGCCAGGCUGUGACAUGCACGAGUGCCUGCGUCCCGCUCCCAGAGGUGUGUUCCAUGUGGAUCUGUGCUUCGGUCCUGCUCAGAUGAGGGGGUCUCGCAGCGCAUUCCUUAUUUGUGCCAAAAGCACCGAAUGAAGAGAGUGCAGUGACACAGAAUGUGCUUGCUUCUCAUUACGGAGGCCAAUCCCAUGUCAACCAAAGCUGCUUACCCCGAGCGAGCUGUGCCCUGGGCUGCAGCCUGUGGGGCUGGGUGAGCGCUGCCUGCAGGGAUGGAGGGAGGCACGGGGCAAAGCCAAGUGUCGUGGGCUGAGGGAGCACAACCUGGAUCUGGAGCGUAUUCGGCAAUUAGGUCUAUGUAUCUUGAACUCCUCUUCUUGUCCCCGAACCAUUCUUUUUCCAAAGCUUUUGGUCCUCUUUGAUGUCUCAGUGGCAUCAGCCCUCGCCUUCAGUUCUGCCAGCUCUCCCAUGGGAUGUGGUUCUCACAGGAGAAGGCUGAACCAUUCCGCGCUCAUGCCAGGCUGUCUGCACACGUGUGGCUGAGGAGAGCUGCCACGGCUCCAGGGGUAACGUGGCUGAGCAGUGCCCGACGGGAACUUGGUGGCACUGCUACCACCACUCCUGCCCUGCUGGCUGACUGCAGGGAGCAGCGCACGUGAGCACCCUGCGUGACCCAAAGCACCUUCUGUGUCCAAUGCAAUGGCACGCCGCAGCCGCUGUCUGCCUGUGCCAGGAGUGGUGACGGUGGCACCACUGCCAGCAUCUCGCGGCCACUCUGCAGGGACAGAACCGCCCCUGAGCCGCUGCCGGUGAGUCACGGCGUGGGAGGGCUGUGCAGUGCUGCUGAGAGCUCGAAACAGUUAAGCAGCAUCCGCGUGUGUGUGUGUGUGCGUGCGCUAUUGCUUUUGCCUCUCCUUAGCUCUCCCCCUGCUGCUCCCACCGCUGCUCCUUGGAGCUGAGCCCUUUGCCCAGCUGUAGGUGCCCCGUUUGUUCCCAGAGAGAACUGGGAUGGAUCUCUGGGCUGGCUGUGCCAGGGGCCGGUUUCAGCAGCGGGGUGCGUAGGCCUGCAUGGAACACGUUGGACCUCCAGCUGCCUGCCUGCGGGGGGGCUGCGGCCAGGAGCCCCCACACUGCCCCGUGACAGUGCCCGGCGUGGCCGCUGGCCAUGCUGCUGCUCCUCGCUGCUCCUCGGCCGCCGUUCCCGAUGGACAAAGCCAGGACUGACCGCUGCUGCCGUGAAAUUGAAGCCAAGAAGGCUUGCGACUGGCUGCGAGCGGCGGGAUUCCCGCAGUAUGCCCAGCUUUACGAAGACUCGUUGUUCCCUCUUGACAUUGGCGCUGUGAAGAAAGACCAUAGUUUCCUGGACCAGGAUUCUCUCAAAUCUCUCUGCAGGAGGCUGAUGACCCUGAACACAUGUGCCUCCAUGAAGCUGGAAGUCCACUUUCAGCGUAAACAGAAUGAAGACUCUGAGGAGGAGGACCUGUGCGCCAUCAGUAACCGGUGGGCUUUCCAGCGGGACAGCAAGAGGUGGUCCCGGGUGGGCUCCGCCGACGUCCUCUCCCAGGCCUCCGAGGUCCCCACCUCCAGCAUGCGGCAGGCGUCCAGCCACGAGAGCGUCCUCACUGACCUCAGCACCAACCCGGAGGCUGUGUCCCUGCGCAGCAGUGCCAGCAUGGGCAGCACACUCGGUGUUGCGGCCACGCCACCCGACCUGUCCCCCGGCCACCGCGCUGCCGUCACCCAGCCCACCUGCAGCCCCAGCAGCUGCUCCUUGGCCGAGCAGCCCUUGAACCACAGUGAAGGUUGUAAGGAGAAGCCAAAGAAGCGGAGGUCUCGCAGCUUCCUGAAGAGGAUUGAAUCGCUCCGAAGGAAGGACAAAGAGAAAGCCGGCCCAGAUGAGAAGGAUGUUCCAAGCAGCGGUGUCAUGGCCAAUCCAGGCUGGGACUGUGCAAAGAAUAAUGGGGACCUCACAGCCACCAAGGCCAGCUCCCCAAAAAGAGGAGUAUCUGCCUCUUUCCAUGGCAAAAAACACUUCUUCUCAGUGUCAUACAGGACUAACCGCUUGUUGGGCUCAGGCAGAGGCAAGGUGAGCUCCGACCCGAAACGCAGCGUGCUCUACCCGGCGGCCUGUCAGCCAGCCACAGAGCCCAGUGGUGACUGGGCUGCAGGGCAGUGCCAGCACCGGCAGGCGUGCCGCGGGGACUGCCUGGUGUAUGUUCCCAGGGACCACAAGCCGGGCACCUUCCCCAAAUCCCUCUCCAUUGAGAGCUUGUGCCCUGUGGGCAGCAGCUCCUUGACCAGCUGGAAGCCGGGGGCCAAGCCCGUGGGGCUGCUGGGGGGCUGUGGCAGCAGCAGCAGCGUGGAGGGCUCGUCCCCCCCGCAGGGCUUCGCCUGCCGCCGCCGUGGCUCCUGCAGCUCCCUGGGCAGCCGGGUGAGCGUGUACGACAACGUGCCCGAGUUUGGCAGCAGUGAGGAUCUCUGCAAGGGAGAUGAGGAGGUGACCUACGAGAACCUGGACGAUAUCCUGCAGCAUAUGUGGGGGCUGCAGCAGAAAGUGGAGCUCUGGUAUAAAGCCAUCUCCCCCGAGCUGGUGGGGGAAGAAGGGGGCGAGGAGGAGGAGGAGGAGGAGGAAGAGGAGACAGACUCGGGAGGGGAGCCCACCUUCCCCUCCAACCUGCACCUUGAGGAGCGCUCCAUGUCUGAUGUCGGCACCUCUGCCAGUGACUUUGACAGCACGGGCAACUCCCUCAACGAGGCCGAAGAGCUGGAGAUGCGGGAGCGCCGCGAUUCGGGCGUGGGAGCGUCCCUCACCCGGCCCUGCAGAAAGCUGCGUUGGCACAGCUUCCAGAACUCCCACCGGCCCAGCCUGAACUCAGCCUCGCUGGAGAUCAACCGCCAGUCCUCUGCCCAGCUCAACCUGCUGCAGAAAUGCUCCCUGCUGCGGCUCACAGCCAUCAUGGAGAAGUACUCUGUGCCCCACAAGCAAGCCUGGACGUGGACCGUGCCCAAGUUCAUGAAGCGGAGCAAAGUCCCCGACUACAGGGACAAGGCAGUCUUUGGGGUGCCACCCAUCAUCAACGUGCAGAGGACGGGGCAGCCGCUGCCGCAGAGCAUCCAGCAGGCGAUGCGCUACAUCCGCAGCCAGUGCUUGGACCAGGUUGGCAUUUUCCGUAAAUCAGGGGUGAAGUCUCGGAUCCAGGCUCUCCGGCACAUGAACGAAACCAGCCCUGACAACGUUAACUACAAGGGGCAGUCGGCGUAUGACGUGGCUGACCUGCUGAAGCAAUAUUUCCGCGACCUGCCGGAGCCCAUCUUCACCAGCAAGCUCACCGACACCUUCCUGCAGAUCUAUCAGUUUGUGCCAAAGGAGCAGCAGCUGCAGGCGGUGCAGGCUGCCGUCAUCCUGAUGCCGGAUGAGAACCGUGAGGUGCUGCAGACCCUGCUCUACUUCCUGAGCGACAUUGCCUCUGCCGAGGAGAACCAGAUGACUGCCGGAAACCUGGCCGUGUGCCUGGCCCCCUCGCUCUUCCACCUCAACGUGUCCAAGAAGGAGAGCACCUCGCCGAGGGUGAUGCACAGGAGGGGCACUAUGGGGAAACCUGACCAGAAGGACCUGAAUGAGAACAUGGCUGCAACACAGGGGCUCUCCCACAUGAUCACCGACUGCAAGAAGCUCUUCCAGGUCUCCCACGACAUCUUACUCCAGUUGAGCAGCUCUUACAUGGCAGCAGAUGCUUACCCCCAUCCCCUGACUGAAUUUGUGUGUCAAGGGGAAAGCAAGGAUUUACACUCCUACUUUGAGCAGAGUGUCCGGAACCUGCUCAAAGAGUCAUCGGAGAAAUUCAAGGGAUGGCUGAGCACCCCAGGGCCCCUCAACACAGAGCUCUCCUGCAAAAAGCAGGUUGGGGACGGGCACCCCCUGCGCUUGUGGAAGGUCUCUACAGAGGUCGAAGCCCCUCCAUCCACCGUGCUGCAGCGGGUGCUGCGGGAACGUCACCUCUGGGAUGAGGACCUGCUUCAGAGCAAAGUGGUGGAGGCUCUGGACAAGGACGUGGAGGUGUAUCACUACGUGACGGACAGCAUGGCACCCCACCCGCGCAGGGACUGCGUGGUGCUCAGGUGCUGGCGCACAGACCUGCCCCGAGGAGCCUGCCUGCUCAUCUCCAUCUCGGUGGAGCACGACAAGCUGCAGGUGGAGGGAGGUGUUAAAGCCGUGGUGCUGACCUCGCAGUAUCUCAUCGAGCCCAGCGGCAUGGGACGCUCCAAAGUGACGCACAUCUGCAGGGCUGACCUCAGGGGCCGAUCACCAGAGUGGUACAACAAAGUCUUUGGGCACCUCUGUGCCAUGGAGCUCGUGAGGAUCCGAGAUUCUUUCCCAGCACUGAGUCCAAAUGGCCCUGAGACGAAGAUCUGAGGAGCAGGGAAGACGCUGCAUCCCGCUGGACCGCAGACUUGCUGCCAGUGGGGCUGAGACACUCAGAGGGGAGUGAGAAGCCAGCACGCCACUAGGACAGGCACAUAUUUAUAUGCUUCCUUCUAACCUGGCCCUGGCACCCCCUGGAGAGCCACGGGCUGCCCCAGCUGCACAUGGCCUUUCUCUGCUCCCACUGCAGUGCCAUUUGCCACCAGCCUUAGAAGGGCAGUGGCAGCCAGCCCCUCCAUGCCUGCUGCUGCUCAGCUGCCCUGUUCCAUGCGUGCUGCAGGGCUGGCUGCCUGCAGUGGUGGAGCUGUGCCCCAAGGGGCUCUGCAGGAGAGAUGGACAAGCAGCACCUUACUUGCCCCUGGGAAGGAGAGGGGGCUUUGGGGUGAUGCCUAGUGGUCCAGGGUGAGCUGGACCAGGAGCUGCCCCAGGUGAGGGUGGGCGGAGCGAAGCAUGAGGCAGCAGAGGUGCAGGAGCUGAGGGGGCAGCGUGGUGUGUCAGGAGAUGAGGACUGGGUGGCAAGGGGAGGAGUGUGCAUGUACGGUGUCACCCAGUGUAGGGACAGGCAGGGCGUUGGGCUGGGAACCUGUUUGCUGAAGGAUGUGCUUACUGGAGGAGGGGACUACACACAGAUUUCUAUAGAUCCAUUUACCGACAGCCAUUGUCAAGUGGCAGAAAGAAUCUAUUGCUAUUACCUUUGGUGCUAAAUUUCACAGGAGACAAUGGAAAAAGCUGUCUGAUCCAAUGCCUUGGUCUUAGUCAACUGAAAGACUGUGUUUCAGGGGGGGCUGGAUGGACGCGCUUCCAAGCCAGGUGCCAUCCUUCCAAACCAGUGUCAGGCAUUGGGAGGGGGGGCAGGACAAGGCUGGAAACCCAGAGCAGCUGCAGAGAAGCUAAGGAAGGGGGCAGUGAUAUAGGGGGGGCUGGGGCAAUGGUGCAAGGAGGGUGGAAGCGGGGAAGAGGGAUGUGCCCAGUGCUGGAGGGACUCGGUGCACCCCUACCAGAGAUGGGUGAGGGGCACAGCAUCCCCACCACUGUGGGCUGUGACAUGUGCUGAGGCAGAUAGCUUUGGCCAAGGCAGUGUGAGUGCACCGCAGGGCUGUGCUCGGUUGGGCUGACCACACAGCAUCUGCUUCCACUAAAGCAAGCAAAUGGUGACAACCCAACUGCUAGGGCCAGGCUUAGUACACCUCCUGUGCACUGCAGUAAAGAGGCAUGGUGGAGGGGAGACUUGCCCUGGAUUCACGCCUCUCUGGGCAACUGCAGGCAGCAGAGCUCAUGGCCCACUGGUGUGCAGAGCUGCCCCUGCACGGAGCUCGGCUCCCCCUUCCCAGCCCUUCCCUCUGUCUGCAGCACCCAGAACUGACCUGGUUUCUCCUUUAGGCAGGGACCCAAGUUACUUGACGUCGUUCCAACUGGAAGGCAACACGACCCACGGGCGGGAGCAAUUCCCAGUGCCAGUUUUGCCGUAACAAAUCAUGUCUGUCUCUUUUGGUUAAAAAAGAAAAAAAAAAAACGACCCAGCCUAUAUUCUGUUUUUAUAUAUAUAUAUUUUAUAUAUAUAUAAAAAAUAUAACUUCUUGAGGGAGUGAUUUUUCUCCUAAUAUUUUUUUAAACAUUUCUUUUUUUUUCUAUAUAAAUACUUGUACAGUUGGAAUAUUAAUAUAUAACUGCGGUGGUAGAGCUCAGCGCCAGGUGAUGUUCACUCAGAAGAUGUGUAUUUUGUAUUUAAGGGGCUAUUUCUUGUUUUGUAUCAUAGGCAAUGCAACAGAUUGUUUGACUUGGAUCGGGGCUGCUCUUCCUAUCCGUGUGAUUAAUAAAGUACUAACGAUA